CCCAGACCGAAGAACCUGCAGCGCUCAACCGGCUCCCGGAAGUACGGCUCCGCGCCCCGGAAGCUAUUCCUAGAGCCGCAAGCGCACUCCGCCUCGUAUUCUGUGUAGACGUAGAUCUGGGCGACCGAGGCCGCGAGCGAGAUGCCGAUGGCCGUGGGUCCCUACGGGCAGUCCCAGCCAAGCUGCUUCGACCGCAUGAAGAUGGGCUUUGUGAUGGGCUGUGCCGUGGGCAUGGCGGCCGGGGCGCUCUUCGGCACCUUUUCCUGUCUCAGGAUUGGAAUGCGGGGUCGGGAGCUGAUGGGCAGCAUCGGGAAAACCAUGAUGCAGAGUGGCGGCACCUUUGGCACAUUCAUGGCCAUCGGGAUGGGCAUCCGAUGCUAAUCAUGGCAGUGGUUGCCCAAUACAUGUUCCCCACCGAUCAGUAACAACCCUUUAAAAAAAACCGUGUACUAUAUAUAAUAAAAACAAAGUCUUUGAGUAA